UCAUGAUGCAUACACGGUUAUGUUUAUACACAUAAUAUAUCUACAUGUACAUGUAGGUACCAUGGUUUGAUCCAUACCCAAACUUGACAUAACCUAUGAACGAUUUAUAGUUGGACUUAGAAACAUCAGGUGAUUCACAAACUCUGCUGAAACAAUGGGAUAGGGUGUGGUUUAGCUUUUUGCUUGUUUCACUUUCAUGAGAUUGAAGCUGUCAGGGGCAAGGUAAAGGUAUAGAACCUUCUCUAAGUUCUUCUCCCACUUCUGGAACUGUUUGUGCGGUUGGUAUCAGGAGUAGUACAGGCCAGGAAGAUGACUGAGAUAACUCUGGCACAAGACAAACAACUGAUCUGGAAGCUUCGGCAAGUCAUCAAGGCAAUAGGUAACCGGGACCUCAAGAAGUUACAGGCAUUGCUUCUUAAAAAGGACAGGCCAGACCUGAACUACAUUGUACAGUUAUCUGAUCAUGGUGACACGAAGGAAGUCACACCAUUGCUGUAUGCUUGUGGAAUCAAUUCACCAGAAAUGGUAGGUGGACUGAUACAUGCAGGAGCAAAGGUCAACUGCAAAGUUUGGGGCUAUUCUCCUCUCUCACACGCAAUAAGUGACGGUAAAGUUGCUUUAGUGGAAAAACUCCUGGACUGUGGAGCCAUCCCUGUGAAGGGAGAGUCGGAUCUGUGGAAAGCCAUGGAACUGAAGCACGACACUUUUGCAGACAAACAGACGAGACGAGGAAUUGUCGCCCUGUUGUGUAAACAUGGUGUAGACGUGAAUGAGGAGCGACUUGACAAGCCACCUGCACUCCACACUGCUGUGAAUGAAGGUGACUUUGCCAUCUGCGAAAUUCUUGUUAAUUCAGGAGCAGACAAAACUGCAGUCGACAGCGCUGCGAAUGGCAACACACCACUACAUGUUGCCGUUGCCAGAAAGUCUGAGGUCAAAAUGGUGAACCUCCUAUGUCACGAGAACUGUCUGAAUGCGCACAACAAGACUGGGUUUACACCUUUGCAUCUAGCUGCAGAAAUUGGUGACAAGAGCACGGUGUGGACUCUCAUCCAGGCAGGGGCUGACAUCAAUGUCCAGGCACCAGAGACUAAGUGGACUCCAAUGGACAUGGCACGGCACAACAACAACAAACAGGUUGUGGAAUACCUGAUCACAUGUGCACAGAGCAAGACAGAACAGAAGGAGAAGGAACAACCGGUGUUCCGAAGAAGAACGGCACCACCUGAUAAUGAACAAUCUCAGCUCAAAGCAAAGAAUCUCCUCUUACAAGACGAAAAAAAUCAUCUUGAAGAGAGGCUGCGAGCUCAAGAAGAAAAGCAUCAACAGGUAGUAGCGCAGCUCGUUCAAGAGACGAAAGAACUGAAAGAGCAAAACAGGAAACUGGAAGAUUGUUUGAAAGAACUAGAACAACAGUAUCGGGAUAAGUUGUACCCAGGCGGUCACCCCAUGCCUAUGUCGGAGAGACACAGGGAACUGUUGACCUUGAACCGUGAUGCUUUUGUUUCUGACCUGCACAUCAGCAUUGUCAUAACAGCUCUGAGGAAGAACAGGGUCCUCGACCAAGAAAUGGAGGAAAUCAUCUGCUCUUGCAGGACCCGGAACGACACAAACAGGAAGUUGUUGGACAUUCUGCCCACCCGAGGAGAAGCAGCGUUCUACGUGUUCCGGCAGGCGCUGAGAGAAGACCCCGGGAGUGAACACCUAGCUGUGCUACUGAAUGAGGAAGACACUACUCAGUCUGCAUAUUAGCUAGAAUUAUCGACCUGUUAAAACUAUGGAGAAUCAUGUCAUCAUUCUGCUUCAGUACCAAGGUCAGCCACCAGGAGGCCCAAAUUUCACCUUGACCUUUUUCUUUCGAAGACCUACCCUCAUACCAAGUAUCACAAUCCAUAAAGGCCUUUUGAUGUUAUGCUGACCACAAAUAUGCUAAAACAAAUCAUGUACACAGACACACAUCACACACACACACAGAGGCCAAAAUCAAAACCUUUAUUUUUCAUGGAGGUAACAAGGAUACCUUUAGCGAUCAAUUAGAUGUACGAGUUGGGCUGUUUUGAGCAAACAGCAAUUUUUGUUACUAUACACCUGAGCAGUUAAGACUAAUUAGAUUUUAAGAAGACCUCCAGUCCAUUUAUAUUGUAUCAUUUUUCUUGUCAUUUUAGUAGCCCUUAGCUCUAUUCUGUCAUCCUUGCCCCAAGAGUGUUGCAGACUACAUGUGUAGUAGAUUAUUAAUGCAGAAGGAUAAAGAUUACAAUAUCAUGUAAUCCUCAUUCCCCACUUUGUGACCUUGCUCAAUGACACUUCUAUCAUCUAUACGGACGUACAUGUGUAUAACCUACAUUGCAGACAAGCUAACAACCUUGUGCUCAUUGCCCAUAAUAAGUUGAUUUAUUGCCUUAGCUGAUACAGGAUUAUAUUCAGGGCACACAUGUACAUGUACAUGUACAUGUAACAUGUACACAUUGUGUGUGCGGCACGAUUCAAACACCAGGGUAAUUUAUCAGUACCAAAUAAAGAUGUCAUUUUUUGUAGUUCAUAGAAAGUGCCUCUCCAAAUAAAUCCUGAUAAUGAUAGCUAUAGCUGACCAGCUUGAUAGCCCCAUUCUGGGCUAGAAGUUUCAGGGAAGUUUGCUGUAUUUUGCUGGUUUCUACACAUGUAUGAGAACUUGAUAUUUCUUCAGAUACAUUAUUAUGUUCAAACUCACCUGUGAAUACAGCUUUUGCCCAGAACAAUACAUACUUGAAGAAAACAUCGUAAAUCUUCAUUAAGAUCUGUCAUCAAGUAUAGAUAAGAACGAAACGUUGCUAUCCAACAGUUCAUUACAC